AUGGAGCUCACAGAUUCACAAACCAAUCCCAAUAAGGAGCAGCAGCAACCAAACAACAGCAACAGUUCCUCCCAAGAACCCCACCCUCACCACCUCCUCCAGUACCAACAACACUUCCGCUUCCAUGGCGGCGGUGGAGCUGGACAGCCUCAUCCAUCUUUCAUCGGCACCAUCUCUCGUUCUUCAGCUCCGCUUCCUCCCUCCUACCACCACCAUGUCCUUCACCAUACUUCCACCUCCACUCCCCCUGCCACUUCAAUUAGUUCCAACUCUUCUUCUUCCUCUUCCCCCGACGCCUCACUCGCCAUCAGAUCUGGGCCUCUGCCGGAGAAAAACGAAGGAAACGAGAACAAUAGGCUGGCAGUCGUGCCGGCGGGGACGGGGGCAGUGACCGUAGCGGCGGCGCCGAAGCGGUCGACGAAAGACAGGCACACGAAGGUGGACGGGCGGGGGCGGAGGAUCCGGAUGCCGGCCGUCUGCGCGGCGAGGGUUUUCCAAUUGACGAGGGAAUUGGGUCACAAAUCGGACGGGGAGACGAUCGAGUGGCUGCUCCAGCAGGCGGAGCCGGCGAUUAUUACGGCGACGGGAACGGGCACCAUCCCGGCCAAUUUCUCCACCCUGAAUGUCUCGCUGCGGAGCAGCGGAUCCACUCUCUCCGCUCCGCCGUCGAAAUCGGCGCCGCUGCAUUCGUUUCACGGGGCGCUUGCUCUGGCGGCGGCGCAGCAGCAGCAGCAUUACGAGGAACGGUUUUCCGCCGCGCAUCUGGGAUUCCACCACCAGCAGCAGCAGCAUAUGUUGUCGUCGGCGGAUCAAAUCGCGGAGGCUCUGCCGAGCGCCAGCGGCGGAGAUAGCGGCGGCGGUGGAGCGACGGAUUCAGGGGAGAAUUACCGGAAAAGAUUCAGGGAGGAUUUGUUCAAGGAUGAAAAUCAACAGGGCGGAGAGAGUAGCGACGGCGGCAGGGGAUCUCCGAAUAGAAUCCCUAAACAACAAGAAGCAGUGUCAGUGUCGCCAUCGCCAUCGCCAUCAGCUUCCUCUACUUCCUUACUGCGUCCAUCCAACAUUGGCACGGCGAUGUGGGCGGUGGCGGCAGGCCCCAAUGCCGGUGCUGGGAACACGUUCUGGAUGCUGCCGGUGACGGCAGGCGGCGGCGGUCACUCAAUGGUCGCGCCGACAUCAACGGAAGCCCAGAUGUGGCCCUUCUCACAAGCAGCGACUGCGGGAGGGAAUCCGUCAGUUCAAGCCCCGCUGCAUUUCAUGCCAAGAUUCAAUCUUUCCUCACCGAAUCUGGAUUUCCAAGGGGGGAGACCGAGUCAUUUACAGUUGGGAUCAAUGGUGAUGCCGCCGCCGCCGGCGACAACAUCAACUAAUCAGCAUCAGCAGGCACCGUCGCAGCAUCUCGGGCUGGGGAUUUCCGAAUCGAAUUUGGGGAUGGUGGCUGCGCUGAAUGCUUACUCCAGAGGCGGAUUGAAUAUGAAUUCCGAGCAGCAUCAGCAGCGGCAACAACACCAUCAUCGCCAACAACAGCAGCAGCAGCAGGAAGAGGAAACGAAUAGUGACGGUGAAGAAGAUCCCAACAACGACAAUUCUGAGUGA